AUGGACCCUUUCAACUUCUCUUUGAAUCUUUUUACAACACUUUCAAAAGGACCAGUUCAAGGCAACAUUGAACAAUAUAAACAAGCCGAGCAAAGUUACAACGCAUUGAAAACGCAAAUCAACAACAUUGUUGGUGUGCAUUUAGUUCUUCUUCAGAAAUGCACGGACGUUGCGAUUAAAAGGUUUUGUUUGACGUGUUUCAGGACGACCCUUUUUACACCAAAAGAAACUCCACUCAUUGACAAACUGAAUUUAGAAGUGAAGGUCUCGUUGUGUCAAAGUAUUUUGGUUUUGUUCAAUCAAGAAAGUGCUUCGAAUGUGUUAAAUGGAUACUCUGCAUUGAUUGGGAUGGUCUUUGAGAACAUGAAGAAGAAGAACAAUUACUUCUGGAAAGAACUUUUUGCGUCGAUCCCCAUGUGGAUCUUCAACGACUCAUUACGCCGACACUGCGCGUUCAAAAUUUUAACAGAAAACGUUUUGUAUACAUUCACCCCAGAGGAGUUGAAGGCUGCAUUUAGUGACUUUGUGAAAAUAAUCGACGCUUCUAUUCAACACAAAGAAGCUGCUUGGGUGAUCGACUCACUUUCAUUCUUCCAGUCGUUUUUCGAGGUGUUAGAAGAAGAGAAUUCCUUUGAGACUGAAAAGAAUAUGAUAGCGCCCUAUUUUUCAUCAUUUGUAGAUAUGUGUAAAAACUUGAUUCUGUCACCUAAUGUGAAUGAAGAAGAGAAAAUUGAGUUGCUCUUGGACAUCGAAAGUUUGGUCGAGAUGGGCUUUGAACAGCUCACGCCACACAUUCCAACCAUUUUCGAGUAUGUCAUCAUCACCUGUGCAAACCAAAAUAACAGCGACAAUUUGAAGGAGAACGCGUGGGAGAUCAUCGACUCGAUCACUGCGAGGUAUGAAGAAUGUGUCAAGCAUAACAUUGGGAUGUUAUCUGCAAUUCUUGAGGUGUUGUUCCAAUGGGUUAAAACAGUCGAAGUCACACAAGAAUGGGCAAAGAGAGAAGAUGAAUCUGAUGUGUUGCCGAUGUAUGCACGUGCUUGUGUCUACAUCUCCAAUUUAUAUGAAAAUUUGGGUGUGAAAAGGGUGUUAGAUUUGGUGUUGUUAAAUUCACAGAAAUUGAUCAUGUCGAGAGACUGGAAAGAGCGGCACGUGUUAUUAGUCUUUUUCCACGAGGCGAUGAAUAUGAAGGCGAACGAUUUGUCAAAUGUGUACAUCCAGAUGUACCAACUCAUACAAGCGCUGUACAACGACGAGUCGCCAAGAAAUCGACAACUUGCGUUGCGAAUCAUUUCUAAAAUAGUAUCGAAACUCAAGCUGAAGAAGAUGAAGAUGAUGCUCGACUCGAUUCUUCAGAUUGAAAUUAGUUUGUUGAAAGAUCCGGUUCCCAGAAUAGCAUCCUCUGCUUGCGACUUCUUAUGUACUAUAUUUGACACAUUGCCAACAAGUGAGAAGUACAAUUUGGGGGAGAUGUUUAUGCCUUUAUUAUACCCUUUGUUGAGCAGUGCUGAUAUGGAUGUUGUGUCUGAGGCGGUGUGUGCCAUUUCGUAUCUUGUUGCGCGAUUGAAAGAAGGGUUUAUAGUGUACUAUCCAACAGUGAAGAAUACCCUUGAAAUAAUAUUGAACGCAACUGGAGUGAAACCGGACUUGUUCACUGUGAAGGGCCGAGCCAUCGAGUGUUUGAGUGUUAUCGGUCGUACAUUGAAAGGGAUUUAUUGUGAAGAGUGUGCGACUUUAAUUGUUCAAGACAUCGACAAACUCUUGAAGACGCCAGGAAUUACUAUAGACAACGCAGUCUUUGGAUUCAUAGAGACGUCGUUCUCGCGUAUUGCGGAGGUCCUUGGUGGGAGAGUGUCACAGUUUAUGCCGACCAUUAUGGAAAUAGUGUGGGCACGAAUGCAAAUGGAUGUGGUGUGUAAAGACCCGAAUGCGGACGAAGACACGAUCACCGAAGUCAAGGUGGACAAAAAGGUGGUGAGUAUCCACACGGAGCUUUCCAAUGAAAAGAAGAACGCGAUGAGAGCAGCGCGAGACUACAGUGGUGAUAUGAAAGAGUAUUUCUACCCAUGGGCGUUGAAGACGCUUGAUAUCAUGGUGAAGAAUUUGUCGGAUCCAUAUGAUGAAGAUGUUCGGUCGAUAGCAUCUGAAGGAAUAGUCGGGUGUUUGCGAUCGUUACGAGUAGGACGAAUUAUUCAGUUACAUGACGAGGUGCAGGGGAUUGAAGAGACGUCAGUUGUAGUCAAAAAGUGUAUGUAUGUGAUGUGUGAACGUAUGUCCCACGAACGAUAUGUGCAGACACAGACGUCGAUGAUGGGGACUUUUAUAUUAGUGUUGGAGAUGUACCCAUUAAACAAAUACGACGGUGAGACCAUGGAAAUGUUGUACAACAUGAUGACGCACAUUCUUGAUAUGGCCACUGAUCGGUUAGUUGAUGACUAUCAGACCAUUCAAAUGAAAAAGAAGAAAUUGGACAAUGAGGAAAUAGUGAAGCGGAUGCAAGAGACGUGCGAGGAUGAAAGCGAACACAGAAUACAAAUCAGGAAAGUUACACAAUACAUCACGGAGAGAAACCCCGCACUGGGGCUUGUGUGCUUCUCGAAAAUUAUGUUCCCAAAAAUCCAAGAAUGGCUUACAAAGAAAAAUACAGUGCCCCCAAUGUUCACAUUUUUGUACGGGGUCAUGGCAACCGUCGCUGUCACAACUAAAAACGUCGAACUGGCGAAUAUGGUGAUGGCCGGUGCUAUGACACAAUUGCAAAUUAAAGGGUCCGGAGACGUUUUCUUGCUCCAGGUGUCACGACUGUUGAUUGAAUUCAACAUGAAGCAGUUCAUCACACAAAUUUUGGGUUUAAUUAAACCGUACUUUACAUUGCAAAAACAAUCAUUAACAAAACAAGCAGCUGUUUUGGUGUAUGGCAGAUGCAUUACAAGUACGCCCGAGUUGUUUAGUGAAAAGGAUGUCGACAAUUGGUUGUCUGUUAUGCCUCUUAUCAAUUUUUAUAGUGAGGGGACAUACACGUUACUCGAAAUGGUUGAAAAAAAAAUACUUUCUGUUGAAAACGUUGUGAAUAUGAAAAAGGUGUUGGACAUCGUGUCGUAUGCGGAAUACCAUUCAUCUGAAACACUGAGAAAUGACGUCCUUGAGAAACUUAAGGCAUUUAUUAAUUUCUGUAAGACAAAAUAUCCCGAUGUGUUCAAUUUAGCGUUUGCGGGACUCGAUUAUGACUAUAGGACUUCUUUGGUUGAGUUGGUCAAGUAA